UUAGUGGGAUUGUUGAAGAUAAGGAAUUGAAUACCGUAUAUACGCAAAUUACUUGGAUUCCUUUGGGUUUUGUUUUCUUCUUCAUUACAUUUCAGUUCUCAUCGGGAUUCGGAGUUGCAGAGCUCAUAUAAUCAUCCAAUCCCCAAGGAGAAGCGGUUUAUCGAUCUUCAAACCACUGUGAGUUUACACAUUGAUUUGAUUUGAUGGGUUAUCUUUCUUGCCGAGCGGAAUCUUCAAUUUCGACUUCGAAUUCGUUAACCCCUUCGUCUUCAAGAAAUUCGUCGCAGAAAUCAGAGAAACCCAUUAAGAUCCAACAGUUUGAUUACAGUGAUCUCGAGGCCGCCACUAAUGGCUUCUCCGAUCAGAAGCUUUUAGGUAAAGGCAGCCAUGGAUAUGUGUAUAAAGCUGUUCUUGGUGGACGUCUUGUGGCGGUGAAGAAACCCUCUCGAGCUCAGAUUCUUGCUCCUUCCCGCCCUGUUUCGUUGUCGUCUUCAAUGGCUUCUUAUGAAAUCGCUAACGAAGUCGAUAAUGAGAUCGAGAUUUUGUCCAAAAUUCAGAGCCCUGGAUUGGUUAAUUUGGUGGGUUUUACAAAUGAUUCCAGAGAUAGGCUUCUGGUGGUUGAGUUCAUGAGCAAUGGUACUCUUUAUGAUGUGAUUCAUUCAGGUACGAGACCCCUUUAUUGGGGUCGAAGGAUUAGAUUAGCUUUGCAAACUGCCAAGGCCAUUGAAACACUCCAUGCUUCAAACCCCCCUGUAAUUCACAGAGAUAUCAAAUCUGCUAAUGUGUUGAUUGACAGGAAUUACAAUGCUAGGUUGGGGGAUUUCGGGUUGGCGAUUCAGGGCCAUGCCGAUGAUUAUCGACUGCGGUCGACGCCUCCAGCAGGCACCAUGGGGUACCUUGAUCCUUGUUAUGUGACCCCUGAUAAUUUAAGCACUAAAACUGAUGUGUUUAGCUUUGGGAUUUUGUUGUUGGAGAUUAUCAGUGGAAGGAAGGCUAUUGAUGUUGGAUAUUCCCCUCCUUCCAUUGUUGAUUGGGCUGUUCCUUUAAUUAAGAAAGGGAAGCUAAUGGCUAUUUAUGAUCCAAGAAUUGCUCCUCCAAAAGACCCCAUUGUUACAAAGCAAUUGGCUGUGAUUGCUGCUAAAUGUGUGAGGUCUUGUAGAGAAAGGAGGCCUUCCAUGAAAGAUGUGGUUGUUUGGCUUACUGGGUUGAGCAAAUUGGUUCCUCUGCAUUCAUGGAAUGGCUUUAACAAUCCAUGUUUGAUGGUAGAGACCGUAGGACGACCCGUUGAAACGAGAAAUUCGUCAUCGAAUUUGAGAAGUCAUAGUGUCGAGGAUGGCGAUUUGGAUAUAAUGUCACGGCGAGAUAUUAAGAACUCGAGGAGAGUUUACUCUGAUUUGGGUAUCAGUAAUAACUUGAUGGAUCUCAUGGCUUGUAUUGAGGAAGAGUCCGGGUUUCGGAACGUGGCUAACCGUGUUGAGUCUCAUUCGAGAUUGUCGAACCGGUUCUUUAGUUCGAGAUUUGUUAGUAGAAAGAAUCAUGAAUUUGAAGGCAAAUGAUAUGGUUGGUGGCUUGAAGAUUCAAUUCAAUUAUCUGCCAUUGCAUCAGAGCUUGAGUGGCUUGUGACUGGUGCGCUUCUCUUUCUUGCAAAUUUCAAAUUGUAGGUAAUUUUUUUGGUAGCUUGGCUUUCUUCUGAGUUCAAUUAAAUGAUAUCAAGCUUGGUUAAUUCUAUAUCAUGGGCACAUUGCUGAUGUUCCCCAUAUUUGUUCAUUCUGUUCUUAAUUGAUUGUUCAUUCUGUUCUUAAAUAUUCUUUUCAAUGCCAUUCAAGUUGUUAUCU